AUGCCCUCCUGGGCCCUCUUGGGGGUCACCUCCUGCCUCCUCCUGGCCCCCCAACACCUGGCACAAGUCACCGGCCAAGAUGCCUCUUUGCGGACCCCAGACUCAGAGCCCCUGAGCUGUUUCUCUCGGACGUUUGAGGACCUCACUUGCUUCUGGGAUGAGGAAGAGGCAGCGCCCAACGGGACGUACCAGCUGCUGUACGCCUACCCCGGGGAACAGCCCCGGCCUUGCCCCCUGAGCUCCCAGCGCACCUUCCCCUCUGGAACGAGAUACGUCUGCCGGUUCCCCGCCCAGGAUGAAGUGCGUCUCUUCUUCCCGCUGCACCUCUGGGUGAAGAAUGUGGUCCUCAACCAGACGCGGGCCAAGCGGGUGCUCUUUGUGGACCACGUGGGACAGCCAGCUCCCCCCAGUACCAUCAGGACCCUGCGUGGAAGCCAGCCAGGGGAACUCCAGAUCAGCUGGGAGGCCCCAGCUCCCGAAAUCAGCGAUUUCCUGAGGCAUGAGCUCCGCUACAGCCCUAAGGAUGCUGAGAACACCACGGGCCCCGCUGUCCUGCAGCUGCUGUCCGCAGAGACCUGCUGCCCAGCCCCGCCGAGGCCACACCCAGCCCUGGGCCCACCUCCCUGCGCCCAGGCCGAGGAGCCCCAGCACAGAGGACCAGAAUGGACCUCCCCAACGAGAGAAGUUCUGUCUCUGGCAGUCAAAGGUGGAAGGUGCCUCAUCUCCGGGCUCCAGCCUGGUAACUCCUACUGGCUCCAGCUGCGCAGCCAACCAGAUGGGGUCUCCCUCCAUGGCUCCUGGGGGUCCUGGUCCCUCCCCGUGACUGUAGACCUGCCCGGGGAUGCAGUGGAAAUCGGGCUGCAGUGCUUCACUCUGGACCUGAAGAACGUCACCUGCCAAUGGCGGCAACGGGACCAUGCUAGCUCCCAGGGCUUCUUCUACCACAGUAGAGUGUGGUGCUGCCCUAGAAACAGGGACCCCAUUUGGGAGAAGUGUGAAGAGGAAGAGAAAACCAAUCCUGGAUCACAACCCUCUCCAUUCUCUCGCUGCCACUUCAAGUCACAAAACGACAGUAUUAUACACAUCCUUGUGGAGGUGACCACACUGCAGGGUGCUGUUCAUAGCUACUUGGGCUCCCCUUUUUGGAUUCACCAAGCUGUGCUCAUCCCCACCCCCAAUUUUCACUGGAGGGAGGUGUCCAGCGGGCGGCUGAAGUUGGAGUGGCAGCACCCCACCUCCUGGGCAGCCCAAGAGAUGUGCUAUCAGCUUCGAUACACAGGAGAAGGCCAUCAGGACUGGAAGGUGCUGGAGCCGCCUCUCGGGGCCCUGGGAGAGACCCUGGAGCUGCGUCCCCGCUCCCGCUACCGUUUACAGCUGCGCGCCAGGCUGCACGGGCCCACCUACCAAGGCCCCUGGAGCUCCUGGUCCGACCCAGUGAGGGUGGAGACGGCCUCCGAGACGGCCUGGAUUUCUUUGGUGACGGCUCUGCUCCUGGUGCUGGGCCUCAGCGCCUUCCUGGGCCUGCUGCUACUGAGGUGGCAGUUUCCUGCGCACUACAGGAGCCUGAGGCAUGCCCUGUGGCCCUCACUUCCAGAUCUGCACCGGGUCCUGGGCCAGUACCUUAGGGAUACUGCAGCCCUGAGUGCGCCCAAGGCCACCGCCUCAGAUGCCUAUGAGGAAGUGGAGCCCAGCCUCCUUGAAAUUCUACCUAAGUCAUCAGAGAAGACCCCCUUGCCUCUGUGUUCUUCUCAGGCCCAGAUGGAUUACCGAGGAUUGCAGCCUUCUUGCCUGGGGCCUGUGCCCCUGACGGUGUGCUCAUUCACGACCGAGUCAGGGUCUUACUGCACCACGCACAUCGCCAACCAUUCCUACUUACCACUCAGCUGCUGGCAGGUCCCCCAUUCCCCGUACCCUGGACAGAUCUAAACUCUUCCUUAGCUUCCUCCUCUCCUACCGCCACUCCACCAGCACCCCAGACCUCACAGCUGGGCUUUGUAACACGGACCUUUUUACGCUGCCUGCGAGCAUUCAAUCCAUCCAGGACCCGCCCUCCUUUAGGCAAGACUCAUUCCACCAGCUCCCCUUUGACCGUCUUUGUCCAGUUGAAAGCCAAACUCUUUGGAAAGAAAGCCCCACUUCCCAUUUGCUCUUCAGACAACCUCAAUGUGGCCCCCUCUGCUCAGGCAAGCUCACCCUAGACCUUCUCAUUACUAGAUUCAGUGGGAUCUUGUUAAGUAGCACUUGAUAUUUCUCUGUGACAUCUGUCUCAGGACAGCUGUUUCUCCACCCUGGAUCCCACAAUCUGUCUCUUGGGUCUCUUUUCCUGACUCUCUGAGUACGAGAGUUAAACGCAUCAGAGUCGUUCAGUUCUUAUUUUUUCCAUUUGCUGCCUUGGGCAAAUAACCUACCAUCUUUGUGCCCCAUUUUCACAUCUAUCAAACAGGCAUAACAGAAGAAAGCCAUAAAACUGUGGAAAGGAUUAUGUGACAUAAUCUAAGUAAAGCAUAGAGCCUAGGUCAUUAUGUGGGGCUUAACGUAUCUCAGCUACUUCCAUCAUUCCUUCCUAAUCUUGCAUUCGGGCUUCUCUUUCACCCCCUAGUUAUUAUAGUUCCUCAAGAGUCCCUUCUUAAAGCAGUCUUCCAUCCCAAUCCUUCUCAUGGCCCUUCUAUAUGCCGACUAUAUGCUGACGUUCUUGUCUUCAGCCCAGAUUUCUGUAUAGCACCUGUAAUGCCUUGGGCAAAAACUCUAAGUCUCUCUCCUGCUCCUGUUAAAACACACUGGAUGGUUGGUUUGGGUUCCUGUCUUUAGGCAGUCAAGACUGAAAGUGGAGGGCCAGAGAAUAGAUGGCUUAUUUAGUAGAAACUUUAAGGAAGCAAAAGGAAGGACGGGGAGACCCAGGGAGAGGUAAAAAGCCUUCUUCCUAUUUUCAUAGCUAGAGAGAUGAGUGGACACUUUGCAAUGAGUUUAAGAUAUCCAGGUUAGUGAGACAAAGGGGUUGGGGAAGAGUAAGGAGUUUGAAAGUAUUAUCUUCUGCAUAGCCAGGGUGCAUAUUCAUUCCACACUGGGGAAUUCUCUUAGUUCACUCUACCUUUUUUCCCUCUGGUCCUCCCUAUAUUAUUCCUAGAUUGUGAGCUCCUGGAGGGCAAGGGCCGUGACUGAUUUGUCGUC